UCUGAUUCUGUCUGACAAUUCUCCUUAUAUCGCGAUGACACCAUUCUUCCGAAAAUCCGUUCAGACAGCACCCGACCCAGCUGCAUGAUCCGACCGCUUGAGCAAACCCUUAUUCAAAACAGUCACGAGCCUUCAGAUCUUGCUGUUCACCCUCAUAGUUGGUCUUCCAGUCAUCACCACCUUUCCUCUCACUAUGAGUAACAUUUGGGACAUGAUCCGCGUUGUUCUAUUCGGGUCGCACAAUGAUGCAUCUCGCGAUGGUGCUCCUGCUUUUAUUCCCGCGCAAGAUAUCCCGUUGAUGGCAGGCAAGGUCAUCCUCCUCACGGGCGCCGCAGCCAUAGAGCUGGCUCGGUAUGGCCGGCCUAGCCGCAUCUACAUCGCAGAUCUGCCACGCAGCGAUGACGCCAAACAAGAUCUGAUCCGCCAGAUUAAUUAUGAGGCUUACAGAGACCCCAUAUCCAUAUCCCCCCACCAUGGAGACGGCCAAUGCGCCCAGAAGUUCGCUGCUCAAGAACAACAUCUGGAUAUUCUCAUCCUGAAUGCAGGUAUCAUCCGCGGACACAUUUCAGCGCCUAAAGAAGGCGUUGAUUUCGACCUUGUCAAAACCAACUGUUCGAAUCUGCCAUAUCCAAAGAGCUAUGGCCAGUGCAAAGCAGCCCUCAUUGGCCUAAUGAAAGGGCUCAGCCGCGACUGUCCACAGAUUAAAACAGUCGCUAUACAUCCAGGGAGAAUUCCUACUGGCAUGGCUACGUCAUUGUGGAAAGAAAGUAGUACUUUGACCAAGCCUAUUGCACCGUUCUUCUGUGUGCUUGUGACUAUCGGGAUCAGAAAUCAUCUAUGGGCCGCCACGAGCCUAAAGGUGGUAAUUGGCACGUAUUAUGAACCUGUGGGCGUACCUGGAAGGUUAGAGGAUCAGACAUUUGCGGACAGGCUCUGA